GUUGUAUGUAGCUGUCCCGGCGCUCAAGCUCAGUACGACCUACCAUCACUCUUCUACUGUCCAUAUAGGCAGCAGCGAGUGGUCUGGGGAAGGUUUGCGAGAGAGCAAAGAUGGCCAAAACUCCAAAUGAGAACACAUCGAUGGUGACAUCAUAUCGUGACUCAUCCUCCAGUGCCUCUGGAGGCAUGUAGAUGGAGGCACCUGGUGCCUUGGUCAUGGUGGCAGCUCGCAGGCUGGGCACGAUCCGAGCCAUGCCCAGAUCGCGGUGAAUGAUGGGUGGGGAGUGACUGUGGCAGGAAACAGAGGCCACUGGCUAUGUCGUGGAGGAUGGAGCACUUCAAACUGACUGGGAUGAAGGUUUUGGUGAAUGGGGGAGGUUCAGGGUCCAGAACAUCGUGGAGACUAGCGUCCAAUCUCUCCAUGACUAGUGCAGGGACCCGGGAGCCAGGUAGGAGACACACUCCCAGGAACUGGACGAUGUGGGGUUACGGAGGGCGCUCAUCAGCCACACUCUUUCACAAAUCUCCC